AUGGUUCAAAUCAAAGAAUUUCGUAUUGUGAUGCCCAUGUCCGUUGAAGAGUAUCAGGUGGCCCAGAUGUAUAUGGUGAUGAGGAUGCAGCAGCAGAACACAAACGGCUCCGAGGGUGUUGAAGUGCUGGAGAACAGGCCCGUUGUGGAUGAUCAAAUGGGCAAGUCCCAGUACACUUCUAAACUCUAUCGAUUCCAGAGCAAAGCACCUACUUGGCUUAAAGCUUUUGCAUCGUUGGAGUCGCUGAUCAUGCAAGAAGAGGCCUGGAAUUCAUACCCAAGAUGCAAAACAGAAUUCAAUUUGUUUGAAUUCCUACAGUGCCCAUACUUCAGCAAGUUUUGCCUCACUGUGGAUACCAUUCAUAAAGCUGAUAAUGGAGAUUCAGAAAAUGUGCAUGGUUUAACCAAAGAACAAUUAGCCGCACGAGAGGUUGAGAUUAUUGAUAUAGCUUCAGCAGCCAACGAUUAUUGGAGUUACAUUGUUGGUAGCAACACUACAGAUUUCACUAAAUUCAAGUCGACAAGAACUGGCCGUGGUCCUCUUUUGGAUGGAUGGCAGAAGAGUAGUAACCCUGUGAUGACAGCAUAUAAGUUGGUAAUAGUGGAUGCCCCGUACUGGGGUUUCGGUUACAGACUUGAACAAGCCUUAAUCGCGGGGGAAAGGGCUCUGUUCUUGGAGAGCCAUCGAAACUGCUUUUCGUGGAUCGAUGAAUGGUUUGGGAUGACGAUGCAAGAAAUACGCCAACUCGAACUAAAGAGUGAUUCUGCACUGAACCAGAAACUGAUGGUGGAGGCUGGCCAUAGAUGGUCCGAUGAGAACGAAGACGUUCCGAGCAACAGGUUGCCACUGAAAUCCGAGGAACACAAGCUAGCUGUUGAUGCUUGA